AUGACAGAGAAAGAGCAAAAAGCGCAUGCGUCCACGGAUGCGGAGCACGCCAGCCUUUCAGACUCAGCUGAAGAGCUUGAAGUCUUUAAGAAAACCGCAGAUGGUGUAAGUUUUCGCGAUGUAGGCUGGUUCAAAGCGUGUAUUCUGUUCGUGAAAGUUCUCUUCGCGACAGGUGUGCUUUCAAUCCCUUCGGCCCUGCUCUCCCUUGGUGCUGUUGGUGGUGCAAUCAGCAUCAUUGCCUGGGGCGCGUUCAAUACAUAUGCCUUCGUGAUCCUUGGAAACUUUCGCCUGCGUCGCCCUCACUGCCACUCUGUUGCAGAUAUGGCGGAGGUGGUUGGGGGUGUCGUCGGAAAAGAAAUCACCGGCCUUCUGUUCAUUAUCGGCUAUGUUCUUGUCACUGGCAGUGGAAUAGUCGGCGUGUCUACCGCCCUGAAUGCCCUCUCCCACCAUGCCGCAUGUACAGUCUGGUGGUCCUUCAUCGCUAUGGUAGGAGUGAUCGCGACCGCUUCAAUUCGCAAACUCACUCACGUUGGCUGGCUGUCGUAUGCAGGCUUUAUCUCCAUCUAUGUUGCUGUGCUGAUUGUGGUCAUUGGUGUCACCACGCGGGACCGGCCCGCUGCUGCUCCCCAGACAGGCCCCUACGAUCUUGGUUAUGUGGCUAUCAACAAUCCAGGUUUCGCCGCCGGUAUGGUCGCGUCAAGCACGAUAUUCGUCUCCUCCGCCGGUACGAGCGCAUUUCUCCCCGUCAUCUCGGAGAUGCGUAACCCGAAAGACUACAAAAAAGCGCUUUAUCCAUGCAUGGGGCUGGUUACGGCGUCGUAUCUUGCUUUUAGCUUGGUUGUUUACCGUUGGUGUGGGCAAUGGGUUGCCAGCCCAUCAUUGGGGAGCGCGGGCCAAACGAUCAAGAUGGUGUCCUACGGCGUCGCUUUAUUGGGCUUAAUUGUGAGCGCCACGCUCUAUCUUCAUAUUGGAGCAAAAUACCUCUUCGUCAGAAUCCUAGGCAAGACUCGUCACUUGCAGGCAAACUCGGUGAUUCAUUGGGGGACUUGGCUUGCCUGUACGGUUGUUCUAGGCGCCAUUUCUUUCAUUCUCGCAGAAGCUAUUCCUAUUUUCAACUACCUGAUUGCAUUGGUUGGAUCUUUUUGUUUUGCUCCUCUCGCUAUAUCGCUCCCCGGGCUCCUGUGGCUAUACGACCAUGGCCAUUAUUUGAAGGGAUCUCUUAUGCAGAAGGUCAAGUUCUUCCUCCACAUUGGAAUUGUUCUUCUCGGUAUAUUCAUCCUUGUCGGUGCAACCUACGGCGUCAUCAUUCAAAUCAAAGCUGCCUACGCAGAUGGAACUAUUGGCUCUACAUUCACCUGUGCCGACAACUCAAAUUCCUCAUAA